UAAAUAUGUAAAAACAAUGUGGGCCCGCUUGACCUUUUAGAAAAUGACUCACACUAUGUCAAUCUUUUCCCAAAAUGAUGAUGAUGAAUGAAAACUACCCUCUUAGAGCUUUCCAUUGAUAUACAGUUGGUCAUGAUUGGAUAAGAAUUCAUGCAAAACACUGAAGUAAUUGUAAGCAUCCCACCGUUGGGACAGUGACAUUUAGCAGGAUAUAAAUCUUUUGAAGCACACUCUCUUCAUAAAUGAAUCAAUUACUCUCCCUACAUAAUUUAUUUUAUAAAACACUGCUGAAAUAUGUAUUCUAGAUGCUUCGACCUUUCCAAACAUAUAUAGUUUGUCAUGAUUCAACAAACAUUUACAUCCAAAAUAGUAAAGUAAACCUAGGUGUUCCUCUAGGACAGUUAAGUGGUUAAACUAUUUCUAUGGCGCACAAGGUGAUGUCACAGUAAAAGUGACGCUAAUGGAACUGUAAGCAUGUGUGAUUAUUUCGUCACUGUAAGAGGGCUAUAUAAGAGCGCGCAAAUUCCAGAAAAUUCGUGGGUUUAAAGUUAGGAGAUUUUGGUUGACGUUGCUGUUGCUCUUCAUUGCUAUUUCGUUGUAUUUCGUUUUUUAGUUUAAUUUGUGUGUUUUGCGUGUUUUUGUUUUGUUUUGAGCGUGUGUUAGUUUGCUUUUGGUGUGUGUUCGUGUGUUUGUUUUUUAUUUCUUUUUUUUCUCAAUGAUUUAUAGACGGCCAAAAAAGCCCUCUGCGGUUAGCCGGCCAUUCCGGCUAAUCGCGCGGGUUUUUUUGGCCAUGUACAAUUGGCUGGUCUCUUUCUUGGGACGCCAGCCUAGCGGUCAACCGAAGGUCCACCGCGGACAAUACAGCAGGCGUCCUCGGAUGCCAGCUGUGGAGUCCGCGGUGAUGCCGGUUCACCGUAUUUCGGACACCGCGAGAGAGACCUGUCCAGUGUUUCAAGCCCAGAAACUUGUUUCAAAGUUUUCUGCGGCAUCAAACGAAGGCGGUCUCAGUAAAGGACCUUCUAUGAGCUAUCCAGGAUCCCUGGGACUAACUCCUCACAAGCGUCCCACUUGUGCUUCACAGCCAAGUGGGACAAAGCUAGUUGAGGAGUUCCCUCCAGGAGGUCUGUUGGAGGCUCAAGAAGGUUCUGUGUCCCGCGGUUUGUCCAGGGGAGUCUGUUUUGGACAGCCCAAUGGGCGAAGGUCAGGCCCGGGCAGGAUUCCGUCUGCGAAAAUCUCGCAGACUGUUACUGUGACAUGUGAGGAGGUGGAUGCGAGCUUUAGGCAAUCUAAUGCUCCAUCAGUACGCCCCCUCAUAUGUCCGGUACCUGCCCGGGUUACCAGACGACCCAUGGCCGCUCGUCCGCCGGUCCGGUCCUCAGAGGACAUCUGUUCAGCUCAGCCUGACACUGGGUCCGUGGGUGCGACUGGCAGAGGGCCGCCAGAGGGCCGGCAGAGGGCAGGUCCCGGUCCCGCCCGCUCCUCUGGCGGUCGCGCCCGCUCCUCUGGGGGUUGCUCCUGCUCCUCUGGGGGCCGCACCCGCUCCUCUGGGGGUCGCGCCCGCUCCUCUGGGGGUCCCGCCUCUCAGCCGGUCGUGCCGUCGGCCGGUCCACAGCGGGUGCUGCCGUCGGCCGUUCCUUUGCCUGUCCUGCCGACGGCCGCUCCGUUGCUGGUCCUGCCGACGGCAACUGCUGAGCAGGUCCAGAACUCAGAGGACAUCUGUUCAGCUCAGCCUGAGGCUGGGUCCGCGGGUGCGACUGGCAGAGGGCCGCCAGAGGGCCGGCAGGGGGCAGGUCCCGGUCCCGCCCGCUCCUCUGGCGGUCGCGCUCGCUCCUCUGGGGGUUGCUCCUGCUCCUCUGGGGGCCGCACCCGCUCCUCUGGGGGUCGCGCCCGCUCCUCUGGGGGUCCCGCCCCUCAGCCGGUCGUGCCGUCGGCCGGUCCACAGCGGGUGCUGCCGUCGGCCGGUCCUUUGCCGGUCCUGCCGACGGCCGCUCCGUUGCUGGUCCUGCCGACGGCAACUGCUGAGCAGGUCCAGAACUCAGAGGACAUCUGUUCAGCGGAGCCUGAGACUGUGGCCGCGGGUGCGACCGGCAGAGGGCCGGCAGAGGGCCAGCAGAGGGCAGGUCCCGGUUGCGCCCGCUCCUCUGGCGGUCGCGCCUGCUCCUCUGGCGGUCGCGCCCGCUCCUCUGGUGGUCGCGCCCGCUCCUCUGUCGGUCGUGCCCGCUCCGCUGGGGGCCGCACCCGCUCCUCUGGGGGUCCCGCCCCUCAGCCGGUCGUGCCGUCGGCCGGUCUUCAGCGGAUGCUGCCGUCGGCCGGUCCUUUGGCGGUCCUGCCGACGGCCGCUCCGUUGAUGGUCCUGCCGACGGCAACUGCUGAGCAGGUCCAGAACUCAGAGGACAUCUCUCAGCCUGAGACUGGGUCUGUGGGUGCAACUGGCAGAGGGCCGCCAGAGGGCCGGCAGAGGGCAGGUCCCGGACGCUCCCGCUCCUCUGGCGGUCGCGCCCGCUCCUUUGGUGGUCGCGCCCGCUCCUUUGGUGGUCGCGCCCGCUUCUCUGGGGUCCGCGGCCUCUCCUCUGGGGGCCACGCCCGCUCCUCUGGGGGCCGUGCCCGCUCCUCUGGGGGUCUGCUGAUGGCCGGACCGUUGCCGGUUAUCUUCCCGCCAUGGACCAAUCAGGUCUUAACGUGGGCCGGUCCUCUGCCGGUUCCACCGUGGGCUGCUCCGGCCACUUCCGGCCACAUCAUCUGUACUUCAGUAGCUCAACCUUCCUCUCCACAAGUGCAGCCAGCACGUGCGUCCCUCAAGCGCCGUGCUGCUGCCAUGUCACAGCCACACACAAUUGAUGAGGGGGAGGUUGAGGCAAAAAAAGCCAGAAGGACUGUAGCUCAGCCUUCAACCUCAGUCUCAGAGCAAAAAAAGAAAAAGAAAAGGGAGAAGCGAAGGCUGCAAAGACAGCGAAGACGGGCAGCAAAACCUUCUCCUCCACAAGUGCAGCCAGCAUCAGCAUGUGCGCCCCACAAGCGCCAUGCUGAUGCUGUGUCACAGGAGAUACAGACAAGAAAAAGGGCGAGAACCAUGCCCCCAGCUCAACCUUCCUCUCCACAAGUGCAGCCAGUACCAGCUGUUCUUUCAGAGCAAAAACGAAGAAAGAGACAGAAAAGGCGGCAACGUCAAAGGAGAAAUCGGGCUAUUAAACGUGCACUUCAAGCCCAGAGGAGUGCAUCUACUCUCCAGGCUUCGUCUAGCACUGCGGUCUCACAGCCUUCAAUAAGCAGUGCUAUAGACAGCCUGGAGAGAAAGCUGUUUUGCUUGUCAGUUCAGAAAAAAUGAAGUUGAGGGGAGCAGCAGCAGAAAGCUUCAAUGAAGCCCCCCCCCCCAAAUACAAUUAAACAAUUUAAAGACCUGAAA